UUAUUUGGAUAAAAGGAAGAAAAUGCGUGUUUUUGUUUAUUUCUUGACUAAAAACUAAAGUGUUUAGCUUAAUUAAAUGUAAAGAAAGUUCUUUGCCACUUUAUGCAAACGGGGGAUAAUAAAUAUCAGCGCUUAUUUGAAGCUGCGCAAAGAAAAACACAUAAACACAACAGCGCAUGUCGGUAAUCCAAUGAUUAUGUGUCCUUGGUUAAGGAUUCUGUAUGCAAAUCAAGAAAAAUGUGGCUGCAUAAGGACAUUUUGUGGAAGCAGCUUCUGCUGCUCCUCCUGUUGAUGGUCCCAUUGAGCUCAUCAUUGACAUCAAGUCAAACAGUAGUUCCUCUUAACACAACUAGCAAUGCCGCCAAUAAUGUGCCUAAAGAUGAUCCCAGCGUCUCCAUGCCGCUGCAACAGCAACAAAGCGUAUUCUAUGUCAAUCAUAAUCAGCAGAAUGUGAUCCAGCUGCGACACCAAAUGGAAAGUAAAUUGCGUACCAUACGCAAUGUGGAGAUGCGUGUAUCCAAAAUUCAGGAAAUCUUUGAUUCCAUACACUUUAGCAGUGUAAAUGGCGGCGGAGGAGCACCAACUGCCCAACAGUUUGGCUCUCAGGAUUUGCAAUUGUUUAGUCAGCGACUGGGCGAUAAAUUACAAAAGGCCAGCCACUUGGUGAUGGAUCUAAGAGAUCUCUUUCGUUUCAACUUGACCAAGGUGCUGCAAUAUAGCUACGUUGACCAAGACGACGACGACGAUGAUGAGGGGGAGGAAGAGGAGGUGGAAAGUGAGUUUGAUUUUGAAAUGGAAGAUAUUCCACUGCCAUCACCGGCCACAGAGCAACUGCAGCAUUUGUAUUUAAAUACCCACAUUGAGAACUGUCAGCCCGAUUACGGAGAAGACGGCUCCAUCUCCCACGCCUCGUCAUCCUCUGCCUCCUCCGCCCCGCACUACAAUAAGCAACAAAUUGAAAUUCUCAACUAUCAAAAGGGAAACAAUGAUCAUGCAUCGUUUCUAAAUGAAAAUAAUGGUCGUUCCUUGGCUGUCAAUGAUUACAUUACGGAGCAACUAACUCAAGUCAGGCGACGACUUGUGGAUAAUGAUGAAAGCAAUGAAUCCUCCAACAAGCCCAGCAGUGGCCAUCACUUUAAACAUAUCUAUUUUCUCUCCAAUUCCGAUGGAGCUGCUGGUGGCCUUCAUUUUCGUCAUCUAUAUGUUUCAGCCAUUAAGCAAAAGUUUGUUUUACUUUUGCUCGAUGUUGGCUCCGCUCUGAAUCGGGAAUUGUUUGACCUAACCAAGGGUUUGCUUCAAGAGAUCCUACAAUUACUCGAUGAUAGCGAUAAAAUCUCUUUGAUAACUAUAUCAAAUGAAGCUGAUUUCAUGUACUUGGAUGCUUUUCCCGCCGAGGCUGCUCAUGGUAUAUACAGGACAACACGUGGCCACAAGGAGGAAGUGCUUAAUUACAUCAAUAAUUUGAAUGUGGCCCGUUCUGGCUUACUUACGAAUCAUACUCUAGGGUUUGAGUAUGCCUUCGAGAUGCUACAACGUUUGGAGAAAUCGAAAAUGAUUAACACAGCCGAACAGCCGGUGGAGUUUGUUUAUAUAACACGAGGAUUACUAACCAAUCUCUCCGAUGCCCUGGCUGUGCUACGAGUCCUGGCUGCUGGUCAGGCUAAGCUACAGGCUCCCAUUAUCAUUAAUACCUGCGCCGUGGUAUUGGAUGAGAAAAGGAUUAUGUACGAGAAGCAAUUCCUAAGUGAUGUGGCCUCACAGAAUUACACGAAAUACGACAUAAAUGUUACCCAAUGGUGGCCAAACGGUGGUCAGGAGUUGGCCGGACGUUUCUUUGUCUUGAGCAAGCUGCAAGAGGAAUCUAUGAUACCACAGAUAAGCUCGAAGAUCUUCGCACAUCUCUUUCGCGAACGCUUUCUAACGAACAGGCUGGAAGUGCAUCCUCCUGCUGUGGACUCGGAUAGUGGCGAUGUGCUGGUAUCCCUGACAUAUUCGGUUGCUCCUUAUGGUGUGGUUGGAGUAAAUUUGUACCUGGCCGAUCUGCUUGAGGACAUACUCAAUUACGCUAGUGUUGUGGCACCCGCUUCCAGCAGAUUGGGUAGCAGUUAUGCCUUCCUAUUGGAGCGUUCCACGAGCAAUACUCUAGCACAUCCUGCCUUUCCACGUCCCUUGAUACAACGGGAGACUUCGUAUCCCGUGAACAUAGCCUAUCUGGAGAAUGCCACCGAUUUUGCCAGUGUGAUAAGGGAGCGUCUUCUUCACGAGGAUGCGGGCAAUGCCACAACUCAUGUUUAUGUGGGCAAACAGCUUAUUCAGCGUACUUAUCACUGGCAAUCGGUGAGGGGUAUCUAUGUCCUCUGUCUGGUUAGCAAUGGAAAUGAUCCUCUGAGGAAUACCUCUUCGAAUCAGAGAUUUAAUCUAAAGGAUGGGGUAAAUAACUACGAGCAGGCUUAUUAUGGCGACGGGAUGGAUUUGCUGUACCAUCGUUUGGACUUGAUGCAGAAUUCUGCCGGAACUUGUCGAUACUUUCGUCAAAUGGCCACAAUGGAUGCUCCCACUCUCUUUCUAAGUGCCGCCGCUUUCAAAUCACCAUUUGGUUUCCUGCAGAAUAAUCGUCCGCGCACGCAGCUACCCAAAGUGGAUACGAUAUUGGCCUAUUUGAAGGUGGGCCUUAUAGCCAAUCCUGGCCUGCGUCCACGGAUACGGCACGAGGUGAGCGUUUUAUAUCAGGCAAUGCUUCAGUUGCGACGUCGUCAUCAAGAUGCACGUGGUUCAUUGCGAGGACAUAUCAUUCGCCGCUAUAUAGCGAGCGUGAGUGGAGUACUUCAAUUGUAUCCUGGCUGCCUGUUAAGCAGCACCUAUGAUCCCACGCGGAGACCGUGGUUCCGUCAGGCUAUGGCUCAACCUGGCAAAAUAGUGAGCACUGCUCCGUAUUUGGAUGCAGGAGGUGCUGGUUAUAUCAUCACAUUGGCCCAUACGAUAUUCGAGGGUAAGUCGCAUGCUCUGCAUUCGGCCCAGCAGGAUAGACCUGUUGCCGUGGUGGCUUUGGAUGUGCCCUAUGCCUUCUAUUAUCGCUUGAUUCUGGACAGUACUCCGCUGUGUCAAUUGCCCCACAUGAAGUGCCUGAUAUUCGAGCAUGAGGGCUAUCUGAUGGCCCAUCCCAGUAUGCUGCAGCCGGCCACGCCUCUGAAGAAUCAGCGAAGACCACACGAGCAUUUGACCCACAAGGAGUCCUAUUUGGCCAAUGAUGUGCUCAAUCAUGUCCAAUUGGUUAGGAAACUUGGCUGUGCAAGCUAUCAGAAUCGAACGCUGCAGCGUUAUUAUGCAUUCAAUACGUCCAUGACGACGAUUGUGACCAAUCUGCUGCAUGGCGAGAGAACGAAAUACGCGCUGGCUCUGAUCCGGGGAAGCAAUCUCUUUGCCGCCGUUCUCAAUUCCAGCUGCGACGUGGGCCCCUUUUGCCCGUGCAGUACCAUCGAUCGAGUGUGCCUCAAUUGCAAGCGUAUGGAUCAAACGGAUUGCGAAUGCCCAUGUGAAUGCCCCAUGGACAGUGAUUCACCCGAUAGCUAUGCCAACUAUACGCAACAGUUUGCCUAUUGUUCACCGAGAGGAGAACAUUUCAUAGCCCUGCCGCCGACACAGCAAUUGAUCAGCUCUCUGCCCAGUUGUGCAAGUCCAUUUGGCGGUGGAGGAGGAUGCGAAUCAUUUGCCACACAGAGAGAAUGCCUUGGCAUAAUGGGUUGUGAAUGGUGUCAGCAGGAUGUGGAUGGAAAUACAUUCACUUCGGCCUUUUGUUCACCCCAAGCCAGUUGCUUCAAUGGCGUGCUAGCCUCUCUAACACCUUAUGGAGAACUUGAUGAAAUGGAAUUGCUUGCGGCGCACAAUCCACAGCGGGAACAACAUGCAUAUUCGGCUUUUGGCCCGCUGGGAGGAGCAAUAAUUGUACUUGUUAUGGUAAUUGGUUUCGCCAUCUAUUGCUAUCGUCAUAAUUUGGACAAUCAGACGCAAGAGCAUUUCUAUGUGGACUCGGUGCAGGAGGAGAACUAUGGUUUACCCCUGUCGCGUUUUAAUUUCGAUGAUUGUCAAGGGCAUGAUGAUCCUCCACUGGCCAGUGGUGGCUAUGAUCAUGCCGCAGGUCAGCGGCAAUUAAUGCAUGCCGCUGAUAUAUCGCCUUAUCAUGUGUCCAGUGGUAGUAGUUACAGACGACCGCCUAAUGGAGAAUCCGAUCAUGGUUAUAGCACCAUGACGCCGCAUGAGGAUAGCUCUGAUCAGCAAUGCUUCACCCUAGCCGAACCCCUGCUGAUGCAUGAUAAGAGGCAUAGUAAAUCGGAUACCAUGUCCAUUUCCACUUCCAUAUCGAGCCCGACAAAUCGUCAACAAUCAUCCACACAACCGAAUAUACAUCCCUAUCUAAGUAAUCAACCCACUACCAAGACGGAACGCUAUAAACAUCAUCAAGCCACGGGAACGCCUUCACCAUGUCGUGGUCAGACCAUUCUGCCAUCUCUAACAGCUGUGGAUGUUGGAGAGGAGGGGGGAAACUCGUCGUCCACAAGACCGCAAUAUAUCCUAGCACCAGUCACUGUGCAUCGGCAUAUGGAGACUGCCGAGUCGUAGUCUAAUUAAAUAUAUACUUACUUCAUAAGAACGUCCGCGCUUGUUUGCCAAUUAAUUAAGGAUUAAGUUUACUACCCAACCACCUGCCCCUUUCCCUCUCGCUCCACACACCCCUCCUAUUAUUACAUACAGUUCAACUGACCAUCACAUACUUACCUAAGGGACUAUACGAUAACAACAAUUUUUGGAUUUUUGAUAAGAGUAUUUGCAUUUCGAAAGUUUUCUGACCACUUUCUCUCUAUAUAUUAAUCUAAAAUCGAAUCCAAAAUGCAUAAAAAAAUAACAAAGUUGGUUUUUAACAACAAUAUAAAUAAUUCCACACUGUAACUAUAUACAUUUACUAUAUAUAAACAUAUAUAUAUACGAUAACUGUUAAAUCAUUUACAAAACAAAACACCAACUAAAUCUUAACUAAAUGCCAGCCAAUCUAGUUUGUAAGUCGUUUUUAAAAUUUGCCAUUAUCAAUUUUUUAAAUACUUGUUUUUAGUAAGUCGAUUUGUAUUAUUCUAUAUACAUAUAUAUAUAUACCUAUGGUAAUUUAUUGUGAAAAGUAUUAUUAUGCAGCUACUUCAGAUAUUUUUAGCCAUUUUUUUUUGUUUAAUUUUAUGAUACAAAAUAUGUACUUACGAUACGAUAUCAGCAUGUAUACCGUAAACCGUUUUUCGGUGUUUUACUUUAAUUUUUAUGUUUUUUUUUUGUGUGUGUACUAGAACCUAAGUCCAGACAAGUUACUAAAACUACUACCGAUUUUAGUAUAUAAAAGCAAAACCAGGCAAUUAAUGUUUCCAAUAAAAAACUACACAAAAUAUUUGCAUAAAACAGAAA